UACUAACGUCAGUAUAAGUUUUAACAUCGGGUAUAACCCGAAGUCUACCCCCUCCCUUCUUCGCGCAUGCGUAAUUUCAGGAUAUUACCGCGUUACCCACAUGUUCAUAAGUUUCCUACGCGGGAACUAGUUUCUUCCUGAAAUAAAAUAUAUUUAAAAAAUAAUUGAAAAUCUGGCUAUUAAUUGUUCGACAAGACCAAGCGUUCUCUUUGCAGGAAAAAAAAAUAUCAAGAAUAAAUAAUUUAUUACGUUUUACAUGUUAUUUGUGUGUUAAUUUGAAUUUAUUUUGUGUGCUAAUUUUAAUGUUAGUGUGUUUGUUGUUUUAAGUUAAGAUUUUCUUCAUAAUUAACCUGUGUAAUUUUUCGAGUUGGGACAUCAGUGUUAACAAAAGAUUCCCAAUGAAAUACAAAAGGCCCUAUGCUACUCCCAAGAGGUCCUCAAAUCGGAAGCCGUGGUCAAUUUCAUUGGAUAAUAAACGAGGAAGACCAUUCAAUAGUCAAUUCCAAAUGGCGGUAUACUCCGUUUAUUGUUUUAAUGAAGAGGAGCAGCGAGCAGGCCAAUGCAUAAUCCCUUUGCAGCAACCCAGGUAUUAAUAGUGGUUCCUUCAUUUUUGUCCUCAACAAUGGUUGCCUCCUGUUGCCAACCUAGUUCAGAGGCGACCUUUAAAAAAUUUCCGGAAAAAUACAUAUUUUUCAUGUUUUUGAAAAAGUUUCAAACCCUAUUUUUUCUUAAUCACGGUACAAUCUAAUUCUAUCUUAUUAUAUAAGCUGUACAUUUGUUUCCACUACUUAUACUAAUACGAAACAUGUAAUAACACUGUAUGUGCAUCCGUAAUAGUGAGGGGUCGAAAAUAUACUAAUUACCAUAGUAAUUUGAUGAUUGAUCCAGUACUUGAUAAAUUAGUCAUCGUGUAUUUCACGUUUUCUGCGAUUUAUGGAAGAAAAAAAGAAAUCUAGGAUGUUUGCGGGAAAUUACGAUGCAAAUAGCAGAAGUCUGAUCAAGCAACACAAUUAAAAAUUGGAAUUUUCCUCGAAUACUUCCUGACAUAAUUCUUCUACUUUUCUGUGUGUAUAGCAUGCUUAACCGAGUGUUGACUAAUCCCCUUUUCUAUUCCCACAAUCUUCUAUUGCAUGUUUGCACGUACGUAUUCUGUAGAGAGAGAACCUCGAAAAUGCUGAGAAUAUCCCUCCCUUCUAUUACCAAAAUUAUGCAGCAUGCUGAGACAGGUGAACCAUUUUUGACCCCAGGGAAAGACAGGCAUCGGACUGCACCCAAACUCAACAUUAGUGAUGAAGUCAAGGGCGAAAUUCGCGAUAUAAUUUAUGAGCAUGCCGAGAAACGUAAGAGUAGAGAAUUUGCAAUGUUUGUGUAGUCCUAUUGCAAAAGUUCGGUACUAUUUGAACACAAUAACUAUACGAAAAUUCGUCCCAUUUCUUCUGAGGCAUUUCAACUUUUCUAGAACGUAUUUUACCUCUUUAAGGGGGAGAAUUUAUUCAAUGUUAUAAAAUACUUUAUGUACAAAGAAAAUUCUCCUUCACGAACAUUUCAUUAUAAAAUAAUCGUUUUCUUUUUCUGGGCUGGACAUCAAACAAGUCAACGUUAUCUUGUGUAUGUAAGGAUGAAUAAUAUAUUAACUUUUUUAUGCAGGUGAACCAUUGACCAUUGAAAAGUUGCUGCAGGUCAUUGCAUCGAAGGAAAUCACUUUUACCGGAGGAAAAACGACGCUGAAAAAAGUCCUUCUUCAGAUUGGGUUCACCUACUGUAAGCGUGAUGGUACUAGGUACCUCAAAGAACAGCCAUACAUCGCUUACAGAAGGAUCCAGUUCCUCAAAAAAAUGAAGCAUCUAAUUGACGAAGGCAAGCCGAUUGUCUACCAAGAUGAGACUUGGACAUAUCGACGAGGAACGGGGAAGUCGAAAGAGUGGCAGGACAGUGAUGUCCGGAGCCACACAGUCAGGAAUGAUUCGACUGGUGACCGGUACCUGAUCUGUAAUGCUGGCGGGAGGAGUGGUUUCGUUCCGGAAUGCUCCCUAUUCUACCGUACAGCUGUCAAACCAAGACCAGAUGACGAUUAUCAUGGUGACAUGAAUGGAGAACUAUUCCAGAAAUGGUUCAAGGAAAGACUUGUCCCCAACAUCCGGGAGCCAUCGAUAAUCGUCAUGGACAAUGCAUCGUAUCACUCCCAACGAGUACAUCAAAAUCCUACUCAAAAGUGGACAAUUGCCCAGAUCCAGAAGUGGUUGGAUGAUCAUAACAUUCGUUAUGAGCCAGGGACUACCAAAAAGGAGUUACUGGUCAUUGUUCAACUCAACAAGCCUGAAGUUCGUUACCAAUUGGAUGAUUAUGUUGCGAAAUGUACUGAUCAUGAGAUUGUUCGUUUGCCUCCAUACCAUUCAAUCUAUAAUCCGAUUGAAAUGGUUUGGUCACAAAUGAAGCGAUAUUAUGAUAAGAAUAUUGGUCGCAACAAUGAUUAUUCACACGAAAUGGCUGAAACGAUCUGGGCAGAGGCAUUGGCAUGCGUUUCUAUACAGCAAUGGGAAAACUAUUGCCGUCAUACUGAAACCAGAAUCUUGGAGGACUAUGCUCGAGAGGUAUCAGAUGACUGUAAUAGAGAAGCCUAUCAGAUCCAAAUUGUUUGUGAUGAGGAUGACGCAGACAAUGGUGAUGACGAUGGUGCUGACGCAGAUAAUUUCACCGCAAUGCAAGUGACCGUCGACCUUGAUUCACGGAUUCAUAAUUCAGCUUCUUUGGAGAUGAAUCUGGGAUCGGUUCGUCGAUCCUUGUUAACUGCGUUUGAAUCGGAAAUGCUGGCAGAUCCACCCCAAAGUGACGAAGACAUGGUAGCAGGUCUUCAGAUGGAAACUGAUUUCGCAGACCAUUCUGUAUUACCAGCGAUUCCUUCAUCGGAUUCGACAAAUUGUUCCCCGAGGACUUUAGAUCAUGAAUCUCAAAAAGUCAAUGAAGUUGUGAUGGAAUGCAGCAGGCCGUCAAGAGCCAUUACGGAUUCUGUGCUGGUACCAAUACCAGAUCCAGAAAGAGAUUCAAGACCUCACUGGUCAUCAUUGAUGGACAGAAAAGGAGUUGUCGAAUUGGCAACAUCGAUGAAUGGAGUAUUACUUCACCAGUCUGCCAGAUUUCAUCAGGGCCACGAACGUUUUCCGGUAGAGCGCAGAAAUUCCCAGUGCACAGCAAAUGCGGUGGUGGCGAUAGCAGUGCUACUUGGAUCCCCAGUUAAUGUUACACGAGAUCUUCUGGAUCAGAUCUUGAUAGAUGGUGACAGACUUUAUGUCGACUCACGAACUGAGAGAAACAUCGUCUAUCAACAUCUAUCACCAGAAGAUCUCCAAAACAGAUUCACGGCAUGUGGUCAGGCGUUUACCAUCGGUGUUUAUUUCAAUUCUCAGGGGUUUCUGUCUUCAGAAACUACCCUACACGAGAUCACUGAAAGUAUCUCAUCAAAUGCCGCUGUUUAUCAGCACGAACUUGAGCGUACAGGGUUUUUAUAUAUUUCGGAAGGCAAAACGGUUGCGUAUAUCAUUUCUCCACAAAAUCCCAAUUGUACUCGCCAAUAUUUUUAUUUGUUCAAUCCACAUGCAGUGGACAACAAUAAUCAUUUCCCUCGAAUUGCCAGAAAAGGAGCCGCGAGAUUAUUCCGAUGCCUGUCAGCGAAUGCCCUGGCUCAGCUUCUGCUGACCCAAAAUUAUGCCAGAAGGAAUGGAUGGCAAAUGUAUAGAAUUAAAAUUGAAAACAGUACGAAAUAGUAUAUUUAGUAACGGACCUGAAUAAGGUUUUUUUAGCAAUGGUUAAACAUACUAUUUUUAAUAAAGUUCAUAUUAUAAUUUAUGAAAUGUGUAACACGAGGUUUUUUAAUUAUCAUUUUUCAAAUUUUUUGGCAGGGUAAAAGAUUUGUUGUGGGAGAACUUAUUUAUUUAUAAGCGGCGGUUUUUCUAUUGAAAAACUGAAGAUUAGGGGGUGAAAUCGGUAUCAAUCGAUGGGGAAUUAAUUCCCCAGCGAAUGCCCUUGAUUUCAUCCCUUAAUAUUAAUUGGGGGAGAAGUUAUCAAUUUUUAAGUGGGCAGCGGGCAAUUGGAGACUAAAAUCUCGACGAUUUUCGUUGUUGUCGGCAUGUACUCCGCGGUUUUUCUUGUGAAAUAAUGACGAUUAGGGGAUGAAAUUUAAUCCCCCAACGAAUGCCGUUGGUUUCAUCCCUUAAUAUUAAUUAGGGGAGAAGUUAUGAAUUUGUAAGUGGCGAGUCGGCGAUUGGAGAGUGAAAUCUCCAUGAUUUUCACCCUUUUCGGCAUGUUUCCCGCCGUGUUCCUUUUAAAAUAAUGAAGAUUCAGGGUUGAAAUGCUCUCCAGGAGAUUGAGUGAUAACUGGAUGCAGUAGUAAGCUACAUAUUUUUAAUAAUUGUUUAGUAAACUUGGUAGAUCCCUUUAAAAUAAUAUCGCUCUUUAGCGCCCUUCCAUCAUGUUUUCUCUCUUUUUUUCAUUAUUUUUCAUGUCCAUUCAAGUGGUUCCCACAACGCAAAAUUAGUCCCAAAAGUUAAUGUAUUUUAAGUUAAAAAGAUAAAAUUUUUCCAAAAGUUGACGUUCGUUAGAUAGUCCACGCGGGUCUUAAUUUAUAUUGUUUUUGUGGCGAUGUGGGAUGGAUCUUUAUGACGAAUUAAAGU